GCUGCUGGGACCAGUCGCCAUGAUUCUUCUGCAGAUGUUUUCAUGCUAAGCUAACGGCCUGAAGCUCUGCACUUAAACCUCUUCCAAUGCACUCACUGACGUUAUAGGGAUACCAAAAGUAUCCAAGAUAACAUACAGUCUUGUGUUAUGGCGACCAAUGCCGGUGAUGAUGAGUUUGAUGAAUAUGAUAAGCCUGGUGCUGAAAGGUCAAGAAGACGAAGAGGAGAUGAUGAUGACUUGGAGAGUGAUUUGGAGGAAGACUUACUUGAAGAAGAUUGGCUGUUAUCAAAAAAGAACCCAUCAGAACUGUCAGAUGAGGAGCUGAACGAUGACCUCUUGCAAAGUGAUGAAGAGGACCAAAAUGCAAGUGGACAGGGUGAAGUUUUGAGUUUAAAUGCGACCCUGGGCCUGGGUACCUCAGGUCAUCUUCAGGAUGAAGACCCCAAAGGGGGCCGAUAUACGGAAGAGGCCUAUGAAGAGACAGAGGCAGGGCAAGAGGGUUUUGCUCAUGAUGGUCAGUAUGAAGGAGCGGAGUUUCAAGGAGCAGAUGAAGGGGUGGAAUACGCAGCAGAGCAGAAUUAUGAUGGAUAUCAAGAUGAAGUGCUGGACCUACAGAUCAAUGAGCCACUGGAUGAUGAUUUUCAAGUGGAUGACUAUCUCGCUGACUAUAGUGAAGUGCAGCAGGAAGAACAGACUGACCAACAUGAAGUUGCUGAGGAACAAGAGGAAACUGAGGAUAGCUCUCAGGUCACAGAAUUAGAAGAGGCAGAGAAUGACCCUGAAGCUGAAGCUGAGCCUGACAAGGACGUGGAUGUGAAAGAGGAGUCAGAUGAGGAAGAGGAAGAUGUUGAAGAAUCGGGCCGUCUGCGAUUUAAGAGUGAGCGUACAAAUGCCACUGUGGUCAGGCUGUCGGAUGCCACCAGUAAAAGAAGGAACAUCCCAGAGACAUUAGAGCUCUCUGAGGAAGCUAAAGCAGACUUGCAACAGUUUGAAGAAAAAGAACGUCAGAGGAAGCAGGGCUGUUUUGGAGGGCGAGGGAGAGGCGGGCCACGAACAAAUGGAGGGAGAGGAGGAAUGGCUGGUAGUGGAGGGGUCAGGGGAAGAGGAGGACAAGGAGGCGGUGGAAGAUGCGAAUUCCCUCCAUUUGGAAUGGGGAAUUUACGUGGAGAUGGAGUCGGAGGGCGAGGAAGAAUAAAUGAGCAAAGGCCUCCACUGAUGCAAAUGCACUUGGGGAUGCAGCAGCUCAGAAUGACUACUCCACUACAGCAUCAUCAUCAGUCUCGUCUGCAAGGCCAGAGAGGUGCUGGAGGUCCUGCACUUUUUCCAGAACCGGGUGCCCCAAUCACUCAGCAGCCACUGCAGCUGAUGAUGCCACACCUGGCCCACCGUUCACCUGGGCCUUCCACCAGAGCACAACACGACAUGCACGGGCUGCGCAUGUUGAGCUCACCGCCACGGCAUGCACCCCCACACCCCAGCCAGCACCAGCAGCAUCAACAACAACACCCUAAGAACAUUCACAUCAACCCUCACUUCAGAGGACCCUCCUCUUCACCUGUGCAAGUUUCCUCAAUGCCUCCUGUGCAACCAAGGCCUAACAUCACUCCACAGAGACACUCGGCUCCUCCUGAUUUUCAGCAACAUCUCCAAGGGAAUUUUGGCCCAACUCAGCGGCCCGUGCCCCCCCAGGAGCAAUGGAGAGGACCACCACCUCGUCACCAGGAUCGAGAGCACUUCUUCACUGGUGAACCACAUUUUCCAGGCCAGCACCUGUUUGACCAGACAGGCCCUCCCCCCCUCAUGAAUAGCAGUGUUCAUCCGAUGUCGGGACAAGGCCCACCGCCUUUCCCCCUACAAGGGGGGCUCGGAGGUUCUGGAUUUGGUUCUUUGGGACUUGGGCAGAGCCAAAGGCCUCAGGGAGGAGGUGUUUUCCAGAGAGAGCCCCCACGACAGAAUAUGGCCCCACUGCAUGCAGGCCCUCCAGGACACCCAGAUCCCUGUGGCUUUGUGGGUCACAGACAACCCUUCUCUCCCCAGCAGCAAGGACCCCCAUUUAGCCCCCAGAACAUGCCGUUUGGUAUGCAGGUACGCCAGAGAGGUCUAAUGCAACAGCACUCUCAGCCCCUGCACCAUGAUCCUCCACUUUCCCAUCUGCCCUUACACCAGCAGCAGCACCAGCAACACCGACAGGACUUGCCACCCCAGGGCCUGCCUCACUCCCAGCCACCGCCCCAACACCAUCAGCACCACCAACACCACCCAAGGGACCAACAUCCCACCAUGCACCUCUCCCAGACUAAUUUCCGACAACCCUUUCAAAUUGGGCAUAGACUGAUGCAGUCCCGCCAACAGGGCACCCAGCAACGAAACAACCCUCCCAGACCUAGAAUGACAUCUCCUUCUCAGCAGCAGAUCCCUCCUCAGCGCAACAGCAACCUUCGUGAGCUGCCCAUUGCUACUGGCAACAAUAAUAUCAGCACAUCAGUGCCUAGUGGGCAAGCAAAGCCAGUUACCAGGGCAAUACAGAAUGCUAAGCCAGGGCAGCCUACUCGUGCUGGACCUGCUGGAAGAGGAGGACCUGUGGCACAAAGGCAGGGCACUGCCAAAGUACUGCAGCAGCCCAGUGCACCUCAAAUUAAGAAAGAGCAGCCAGCUGCACAGUCAAGCACCACUCCAGAGGACCCAGAUGAAGAUGAGGAGACACGGCAGUACCGGCUGAAGAUCGAAGAACAGAAGCGUUUGCGAGAAGAGAUCCUCAAGCGCAAAGAGAUGAGCAGGCAGCUUCAGGCUGGUGUGCGCAAAAAAGAACUGAUGGAAAGAAUCAGUAGCCAGAGCCAAAACCAGACCUCACAAACACCAAAUUCCACACAGCCCCCUGUAGCCCAACGUUCAUCCCAACCCCCCCAGCAGGUCUCUUCACUGGUAUCUAAUGGCACAACCCAGAGCCCUGCUUCAGGUCUUAGCACACCUCAUCAGAAUGUUAAAACUCGUCUUCAGAACACUAAACCUCAGACACUGGCUUUAAGCUGGUCUGGGGCACAGCCACAAGGCCAAUUGCAGCUACAGCAGAAGAGGACCAUGAAUCCACAGAACACUCAAGGACAGGGCACAAUUCAGAGUAACCCAGUAGGAGGGCACAGCCUGGGUCAACCUCAGCCAGGGGGAAAGAGAACUGUGAUGCAGCGAACAAACAGCUUGGAAUCCCCUCAGGUUCCACCGAAAGUGCGAUUGGUUAAGCUUUCGGGGGAGGCAGAUGCUGCUCCCAACACUGGUGCCCCACCUCAGCCGCAACAUCAGCAGCAGUCAAUUGGUCGGCCUGCCCUCCAACAGAGGCUUGGUCCUAUCAGGAAAGUUACCAUGACAACUGGCGCAGUACAAAAUCAACAGGCUGGCCGUGGCAUGGCAAACCAAACAAACAGGGUGGUAGUUCGGGGUCGUGGACGAGGGCGUGGAGGGGGGCGUGCAGUGAUGCAACAGAACCCAAGAGCUCAGAAUGGUCAGCACACCAGCGUCUGCAUUGAAGGUUUGUCCACCACCACCACCGACAAACAGCUCAUGAGCCUGCUCAACUCAAUUGGACCUGUUGAGAUGUUUACGAUGUUUCCCGAGCAGCAGAAGGCCAUUGCCAAGUUUGUGAGCCCGCAGCAUGCUGAGAGUUUUCAGCACAGCUUUCACAGGCAUAUGAUAGAUUUGUCUCACAUCGACGUUUCCAUCAUUGAUGGCUGAGGAACAAGUCAGUUCAAUUUAAGAGAAGAAAAGACAAGUGAGCAAGAAGCUUUUCUGAAUGAUGGAUGGUCAAGCAGGAGGCCGAAGCUGUGAUGAAAGUGCUGUCAACAAACUCAAGCCACUUGCAUGACAAAACCAGAUACAAAGAGCCUAAACACUAGUAGUGUCCUGCUGAACAUGGCAGCAGCAGGACUGAUUUUGAGAAUGACUUUAGCAUGACGUCUCGCUCUUGUUUAUGUAUCUACAUUGUAUUGGGGAAAUUAGUACAUAGAUGGGGGGAAAGCUCUUGCCGGUCUGAACCAACAAGUGAAAAGAGACACAAGGUAUGAAGCCAAGACUUUUUACAUGACAGUUGAUAGUAGUUGCUCCCAUCCUGUUGCUUGCAAGACAAAGAAUAACAAUUUUAAAUAGCUUAUUAUAGUCAAGCGAUUUAGGAAUGCUUGCUUGCUUUGGAUUUUCCUAAGUCACUAACAAACUGGCAUCGUUGAAUGAAAAGGUUUAGGACUCUGCAGUUGUUUUGAACCACCUGUAGAGGGCAGCAUUUGAAUGCAAAUUUUUGCUCUUUGGAUUCGGGCACUGAGCACUGAGCCUGUUGUUUGACUUCAGGGUCACCAGGGUUGGUGAAGGUUUUGGAAGCCUCUGUGAGAUUGGAAGACUCAUGUUUGUGCAUUUGUUUCAUGACUGUUAAUGUUAAGUUUAUUCAUUUUCCAUUUCACCACUAUAUUUCUAUUUCAGCUUUGCUUCAGGUUGGUUUUUGUUCUGCAGAGCUGGAGUGGUGUUGCAUGGCUUGUGAGUCUUUUUGGCCUAGUGACAUGAUCUUUUCAGUGUUCAAAAUUAUUUGACAAUAAAUAGCUUUUAUACUUAGAUUUUAAGUUUAGGUGCUAGAGUGGCAUAUUUGGAUUGUUUUAAUUGUUGACAAUGGCUUCUAAGGAAGUAUAAAAGGCUGGGGUCAGUCAUAAAGCAUUUCAUGCCCCCUCCUCCCUUUUAAAGUUUUUUUUUUUUCUGUCCUCAUAGUUUGGCACAUAUUGUGCAUGAAAGAGGAUGGUAGAAUCAUGGCCUAUAUAAUGAUUUCGUAGAAUUUUAUUGUUACGCUGUGUUUGCGUAAACAAUCUGGAUGGUCUAGAGCACUAGAUGCUUUUGUGAAUUCUUCUUGUAACUAUUCUGUUACAAAAGCGACUUUUGGUUAUUUGGGCUAUUUAUAAUGAGUGUAUGGUUAGAACUUUGUUUCUAAUCAGGUGGUUAGUUGUAGUUUUGAUCUUUGUCAAAUGGGGUAAUUAAUACCUGUUACUAAACAAAUUGUGAAUAGGUAAAGUAAAUACCCAUCAUCAACUGUCAGGUGACCUUUAAGAACCCUUAAUCUUAACAUUUGUUAUUUGUAAGACUUUUGUCAAAUUUGUAAGAUGGAAUUUUUUUUUUUUUUUAAAUUCAAUUUGCAGAAAUCUUGCUGAUAUAUUGUCAGUCUCCAGUUAACAUAUAGCAUUAUAAUAAUAAGCACUCACUCAGGAUUUCCUCACUUGAAUUUUUAUUAUUAUUAUUAUUAUUAUUGAUAGUCCAUCUGUAGUGUAAGCAAUCUGCUUCAUCUAUUCUAACUAUACCGCUUAACCUAAACAUUCACACAGUAUGACCCCAAAACUGGCCUACAUUAUUGUGUUCAUAUUUGUGAUCAAAUGUAAGUGGUCAGGUUGAAUUUAUUAAGUUAACACUUAAGUUACUCAUGUACCAAAACAAAAUCUUGUUUCUGUAUAUUAUCUAGAAUAUCUUAAGUCUCGAAUAUAUUUGAGCAACCUCAAUGAGAACAAGAUAGAAUAAGGGUUCUGUUAGUACAUGCUACAGUUUCACAGGAUUUUGGAGCAACUAUUAUCAGUGGUCAAUUUCUUGUAUAUAAUGAGGAAAAAAAUGUUUGUAUGAAGCUGUCUGUUGUUUUCUCAUCUUGAAAUCUUUUCAUGUUUUGAAAAUGGUUUGAAAAAACCUGCUGGUAUGUGACAGGUGAAUAUCUUUUCUCAGUUUGUUUUUAUAUAAAAAUGUAGAAGAAGAAAAAAACUAUUCCUUGGUCAUUUUACAACAGUUUUGUUAUUGGAAAACUUAGAGCUUAUUAUUUGAGGACAUUUUAAAGAUGAAAAAUAAAAGAUGGUCAUGUAUA